AUGAAUAUCCGCAAUGCUCGGCCAGACGACUUGAUUAACAUGCAACACUGCAACCUCCUUUGCCUGCCCGAGAACUACCAGAUGAAAUACUAUUUCUACCAUGGCCUGUCCUGGCCGCAGCUCUCUUACAUCGGCGAGGAUGAGGACGGGAAGAUUGUCGGCUAUGUCCUGGCCAAAAUGGAGGAGGAACCAGGUGGUGUCCCCUACGGACAUAUCACUUCCCUGGCGGUGAAGCGCUCGUACAGGCGCCUCGGCCUGGCCCAGAAGCUCAUGGAGCAGGCCUCCCGCGCCAUGAUAGAAAACUUUAGUGCCAAGUACGUGACCUUGCACGUCAGGAAGAGUAACCGGGCAGCCUUGCACCUCUAUUCUAACACCCUCAACUUUCAGGUUAGUGAGGAGGAACUCAAAUACUAUGCAGAUGGAGAAAAUGCUUAUGUUAUGAAGCAUGAUCUCUCGCGCUUGGCAGGUGAGCUGAGAAGACAGCUGUGGCUGAAAGGGAGGGGCUGGCGUGCGGCGCUGGGCCCCAGGGAGAACCCGGAGACCCAGGGCCGCACACCUCCUAGUUGGGGAGAGGCCCUCCCGGAGGAUAGCCCGGCCGCUGAUGACAGUGGCAGCGACGGCAAGGAAACCAGCGAGUCCACGGAAACCAGUGAUGUCCCGGACAGCUAG